CACAGUCAGUGCGGCGUGUGUGUGUCUCACUGAGCGUGUGUAAGUGUGUGUGUGUGUGUGUGUGUGAGUGAGUGACACAGUUGCUCGUGGUCUCCCUCUCUCUCUUUCUCUCUCCGGCUGCCGCACUUUUCCUCCCUCUCCUCUCCAGCCGCACGGACCGGGCGACACGCUCCCUACACUAACCCGGAGCCCUGGCCGCCGGUGACCCGGGGAUCCUACUUCCCUCCCCCGGACAAACAGACUCGGGCCCCGCCGGCAGGAAAGGUGGAACUAAACUACAUUCAUUGACUUGUGAGCGAUGCACUGGCAGCAUGGCCAAGUGGUUCAAGGAGCACCUAGGAUUCAAAACUACCAAAGCACCCCCUCCGGCGCCUCCGAAGCCGGACUACAGGCACUGUCACACCGGUGUGCCCGGUGCGCCUGGCUUCCAGCAAGCGAGCUCCAACGCCACCUUCCCGAGCCCCGCUCAGCCGGACAUACUCGCUGCUUACAAACUUCAGAAGGAGCUGGACUUCGAGGACCCGUACACUCCCGGCGGAAACAUUUCGUUCGGGCCGGGCUCGAACGCGGUGGGGUCGCCGGACACCAAGUACGUGUCGCCCAAGCACCGACUUAUCAAGGUGGAAACAAUCGAAAAGAGCAGCCCGGCUCCGGGCGGCGGUGUCACCGUCACACAGGCUGUCGCUGUCGGGAGCGUUAAAUCUCCCACUUCACCUCCGGUGGAGCACGACAACAAGGAGAAGCUCAUUAUCCUUGAAGACUACGCGGACCCUUUCGAUGCUGAGCAGGCGGGUGGCACACAGACCACCACGGAGAAAGUGACAACCGAGAAUGACGGCUACAUGGAGCCGUACGAGGCCCAGAGGAUGAUGGCAGAAAUCCGAUCUUCUGGACGAGCGCAGAAGGAAGGAUCUGUGAAGCAGCUGCCCUUGUACGACACGCCAUAUGAACCAGCCGAGAACGGCGGCGACUCGGACCAUGAGCGCUCGCGCUGCCCAAGAGAAAGCCGACUGCCCCAGGACGAUGAACGACCUCCCGAGGAGUAUGACCAACCCUGGGAGUGGAAGAAAGAGCGGAUUUCCAAAGCGUUUGCAGUAGAGAUUAAAGUGAUCAAGGACCUACCAUGGCCCCCUCCUGUCGGCCAACUCAACACCAGACCUCCCCUGGUGGAGGAGCUGGAGUCUCCCUCCCAGACACCUCAGCCCUCGCCAGGACAGACGAGCUGUGACCAGCACCACCAUGUCCAGUUCGAUGGCGUGGACAAGUCUCGAAUGUCUCCGACCAAGGAUGGGAAGAAUCGCCCGCUGCAGCGACACUCCAGCAGCUGUCUGGUCAACACUAAAAUGACGUCGCUGGACCACUGCAGCUCCUCAGUAGGGGAGCGCAUUGACCCCACCAUGCCCCUGGAAAGCCAGUUCUGGUACCAUGGAGCGAUCAGCCGGACAGAUGCAGAGUCUCUGCUCCGGCUGUGUAAGGAGGCCAGCUAUCUGGUGAGAAACAGCGAGACCAGCAAGAACGACUACUCCCUCUCCCUAAAGAGCAGCCAGGGCUUCAUGCACAUGAAGUUGUCGCGGACAAAGGAGAACGAGUACAUCCUGGGCCAGAACAGCUGCCCGUUUGACAGCGUGCCUGAGAUCAUCCAUUUCUACUCCAGCCGCAAGCUGCCUAUCAAGGGUGCCGAACACAUGUCCCUGCUCUACCCUGUAGCCAUUAGGACACUAUAGUGCCAUGGGUCACCUGCAGGCGUCGGCCCCCUGCAGCACUCACUGGACCACUCUCAGUGGCUCCACUCUUCCCGUCCACAGCCCCGCGGGCUCAUGGGAAGACGAACAAUGGCAUCCCAAACUGCUGAUACUCACUCACCUCAAACCUGUUUUGAAGGUCUACUGCAUACUAUCUCAUUCUUACAGACUCAAUGUUUGCGAAAAAGUCUUUAUUAUUUUAUGUUAUUAUAUUCUAUUUUAUUUUUUUAUUUAUGACAGUCACCCAAUUCAUUUCGUCACAGACUGAGGAACAUCAUUUCAUUUAUUCUUGAGCUGACCCCGCCUGGCCCUAAGCACUCACAGAAAAAAGAAAGGUACAUCAUCAGACGUAGCUUCUGUCCUAACAUGUUGUACCUUCUUCCUCAGCGCGCGUCAUGACAGUUGUGUGUGUGUGUGUAAUUUUCUCCUUUGGUUGGGCUCUGCUGUUAUUGUAAUUGUUUGUAAGGGGACUUGAAGAUUGUAAGCGCCGUGUAAGGAAAGCAACUUUUACGGGGCACGUGAGGGAUAUUAUCCACAUGGGCGCCAUACAGUGUCCAGGAUAUUGAAUAGAUUUGCCGUGUUAUGAGUGGUAUUUCCCCAGCUGCACGGAGACAACAGGCCUGAGAGCUGUGCAGAUUGAUCUCUCUAUCUUGUCAUAGUGCAUGCUGUCUGCUAUCCAUCACCGCGUGGGUGUAUCACAUCAAUGACAGUGUAAGUACCAUAGUGGUGAGACAGGCAGGGGAGCGUGAUGGAUGGGUCGUCCCAUCCAACACAGUACAAUUGGCCGAGGCAAGUGACCAGAGCCUGUCCAAAUGGACCAAAUUACCCCCGCUGCCCCUGCUUAGUGUGGCUUUGCAUCGGGAGAAUGAAAUAUGCCUGCAUUGUCUACCUCAGAAAAUCAAUUUCAUUCGCCCAUCUGCAGAUCAAUAGGUACAAUGGGAUUGCAGACAUCGAUCUACCCCUCCACCCUCGACAUUCCCAAUCCCCUCAAAAUUGCAUCAUUGCUUUUAGGAAUAUGUUUUUUUAAUACAAUUAAUCCAAGAUUUUUUUUUUCCGAAUGAAAACAUUUUCAUUUUCAUCAAUUUUCAUCCAGAUCCGCAAUUGUAUGUGGUCACUAAUAUGAUACUAUGUGAUGUCAGUAACAAAUGUUUGGUUAAUGCCUUAUAAUGCAUGGGUCAAAUCAGUCCGCGAGAUCAGCUGAUUUCUAAUUCUGCUUUUAUCGAUUGUUCUGUGACUGUAAUUAAUUCUGGGGUAAUUGUUACUGAUGUGUUACUCCUGUGUGACCCCCCCCCCCCCACCGGCCUCCACCCUCAUCGUCCUGUGCCGAUGUGAUCAUGUUUUUUGGGAACUACUCCAGCCUCUACUAACUGUGGUGCUUUGCAUUUAUGUUGCUUCAAGUUAUGCUCAAUGCACGUUUGCCUCAGUGGCCACGACUCGAGUCACGGUGUCUCCUGACCAACGGGAUCGCCGGAGCCUCAUGCGAGAGACAGUGGCCUAUUCUCCUCGGACCAAUCACAACGCAGCCUGUUUGAACCGGAUAAAGACCUACUUUCGACCCGUCAUGCUCUCUGUCAUCGACCUUUUACUACCAGAUGUGCAGACGUGUGAAUGUGAGUGAGGAUGCAUGUGUUGGGUGCUGGUGUGCAGAUGUGCACAGACUCUCUGAGUUCUAGUGUUUUUAAAGCCGCUGGUACAAACUGGUGAGAGUUAUUGAUCAGUACUCUCUUUUUUUCUUGAACAUGAAUUAAACAACCUCGAGUCGAAAAUGUUCCUGUCGCGGUUUCUCAUUGACCAAAUUUAAUUUUAAGCAACUCGCAGUAAUGACCUCUACGUGUUGGGACCUGCUCUCUGCAGUUGCAAAAUUAAAUCGUUUUUUGGUUUAUGGGCAAAUCCUAAUCAAAAAAAAAAAAAAAAAAAUGUGGCCGCUUCGUCUGAGCUUUAAAUGGCCGACACCAGGAACCAGAAGCGUGACCUCUGAAUACACAGUCUGGCUUCAACUAUAUCCACACUGUGCACUAUGCAACUCUAUAAACUGCAGUCGUUGAAGGGAACAUGAUUGUGGGAGUGUGUGCCUCCGCUAAAUACGUUGACAUGUGAUGGUACAAAAAUGUCCACAGGGAAGAGAUGUAAUCAGCAGAAUGACCUGAAUAGUAAGAAGCCCUUUGCAGUGGGUGGGAUGUGCACGUUGUCGGGGCAGCGUGCACGCCGACGGCCGCUAGAUGAGUGCAGUACGUUAUAUGAGGCUGUCUGUUCAUGUGAGGAGGCAGCCGCUACAGCUUUAGUAGGGAUUAGAAUGUUGUUGCAGUGGACCUAUGUAUUUCCUUGAAAGAAGAUAUUGCAGAUUUAAAAAAAACUAUGUGUGAUAGAUGUGUAUUCUGUAUGUUGUAAAUGUUCCCCCCCGUAGAAGAGAUCAGACAGUAGAGGCUCUUUAUGUAGUUACUGCUGCUCAUGAGAAAUUCUCUACUAUAGGGACGAGCCGGUGUGUGAUGGCCACACUGCUUCGAGAGAGGCCUUAGCUUUGAGAGAGGGAACUGGUGGGAGGGAGAGAAUGGGGGGGGGGGGGGGGGCGGCAGAGUGGAAGGUGUUAGGACACGAAGAUGGAUUCUCUGCAAUCAGCAGACGCAUUCUUCACAUUCGUGUGUUUCUUAUAUUAGAACCUGAAAGAGCCCUUCCCCUCCCUGAGAAGUGUCUUAAAGUGCGUGUGCGUGUGGGUACACACAGUCGUGUGUGUGUGUGUGUGUGUGUGUGUGUGUGUGUGUGUGUGUGUGUGUGUGUGUGUGUGUGUGUGUGUGUGUGUGUGUGUGUGUGUGUGUGUGUGUGUGUGUGUGUGUGUGUGUGUGUGUGUGUGUGUGUGUGUGUGUGUGUGUGUGUGUGUGUGUGUGUGUGUGUGUGUGUGUGUGUGUGCACUGGUGUAAGCAGCCAUCUGCCAUUGACUUGCCCUGUGUGUAUCUAGUGUAUCACUUUACUGUGGUAAAGUGGCAUGUGUGCGUUUCCUUUGUGUACAUUGUCGUGCCACGUUAUGUAUGCACUACUAUAACAUAUCUCUGUACAGUCCCUCAUGGCCAAAUGUAUAUACUGAAUGUAUUGUAUGGGGACGUAGAGGCAUCAAGGUUCAAAAUAAAUAAAAUUGGGUUUAUGAGUUUAAACGUG